AUGUCUGUCACACACGCGUGUGAGUGUUUAAUCGUUGGCAUUUCAUGACUAAAAUAUAUUUUUCUUCCAUUGCGCGAAAGCAUAUACAAACAUCUAGCAAUGACGUUCAUAUUUUAGGAACUGCAGGCGGAUAAUAGUCUCCAUUAAGCUACUGAUAAUGUUGUUGUGUUGAGGUACAUUUUUUCUUUACACCCAAGUGGAAAUUAAACUGAAAUCUGAAGCAUGAUUGGCUCUGGUUCUAUGCGUGCAAUAAUUAUAAGAUUUACAAGUUUACACAAAAAUGAAUUCUCCGUGUAACUAUUUCAAAUAACUUAUCAAAUAAUAAAAACAAAUCAGCUCAUGUGACUCGUGCAUUUGACGUAUUUUUUGUCUUUUGGGUCAUAGUAUAGCAUUGUGUCAGGAAGACGCUGAAAUGUAAGAUAACUUGCAUUGAAAAUCGAUAUACUUAUACGUAUAUGGUAUAUGGAAGACAUUUGUAAUUUGAUUGUAAUAACUAGUUGAAAGGUUGUUUGUAGGCUUAUACCCUACAAAGUGACAUGGACUCUUCUUUGUUACUGUAUAUUUCUUUGAUUGUGACAUUUAACUUUAGCUUACACAUGGAGAAUUUACACUUAAUGUGACUUUGUAUUACAUAUUUUGUAAAAUGGUUAUAUCCACACAGAAUGAUGUGGAAUCAGAGCUGCACUUUUUAAUCUCAUGUCCAAACUAUACACACAUCAGAGAAACAUUCUUCCCCCAGUUCACAAACUAAAGACUAUAACUAGUUUCCACAAAAAGACAAGAUUUCAUACAUACUGGUAGAAAACUCAAGAAGCUCAAAACUGGAUGCAAGAUAUGUGAAAUCCUGCCACAACAAAAUGGAUCCGUUCACCCUCACUGAGAACUUUCUCCAGUUUCCAUGUGAUCAAGUAUGGACACUCUUGAGGAAACAUUUAAAUCUUUGUCAAUUGCCAGGAGACUGCAGCCAAGCGAGCCCGUGUAUCUUUUAGACCUCUCUCUUUCAUCCAGCAGUGGUUCUGCUGCAGGAUCAGAUGUUCUAGCUGUGUGCUGCUCUAAUCACUCUGUGCACCUGCACAGCAGAGAGACACUGCGCCCACUGGGCGAGUUUCAAGGUCACACGGCUCCUGUUUGCGGGGUUCGUUUCUCUCACCUCUCCCCUCACCUGCUGUUCACCGGCUCUGCUGAUGGGACACUCCGGUGCUGGGAUGUAAGACGACCCUGUUCAGACUCCACACAGGUGUUCCGUAGUGAUUCGACACAUUCUUACUGCUCGUUUGGCGUGAGCUGCAAUGAUCGUGUGCUGUGCGCAGGCACAGAGCAAGUGGGAGAGGACAGUUUUUUAGUAUUCUGGGAUGCUCGCAUGGUUCAGGAAGGGGAUGAGAUGGCCUCAAAACAGGGCGGUCUGCUGGGCGUGUACUCUGAGUCACAUAGUGAUGACAUCACUGCUGUACAGUUCCACCCAGAGCAAGCAGACCGGUUGGCCUCUGGAGCUACAGAUGGACUUGUGAACAUUUUUGAUCUGAGUUUGGGAGGAGAGGAUGAUGCUCUCAUCACGACAUGCAACUGCAAUUCCUCAGCGAGCUCCCUUUGCUGGACAGGCAAAGAUCUUGACCAGCUGCUUUGUCUGACCCACGAUGAAGGGCUACACCUGUGGGAUGUGGCUCACCCAGACAGCGAUGACACUUUGACCCUUCUGAGUUUCAAUGAUGCGCGAACACUUGUCCAGCUCCCUGAUGGAGCUUCACUUGAGUAUUUUGUGGGUGGAACAUGGCUAUCAGAUGAGGGACGUAUUCUUUUAGUCGGAGGGUCUAAUUCUGGUGAGCUCCACCUGGUUGACUGCAGUGGAGGUGGUCUGAGGUUAAUCAAAUCCCUGAAAGGGGGUCACUCAGCCACAGUGAGAUGCUUCCAGUGGGACGUGAACGGUCAAUCUCUGUUGACGGGAGGAGAGGAUGGCCAGCUGUUGCAGUGGAAGGCGGGAGCAGAGGAGAUUGGUGUGGGAAAAAAAGAUACUCUGAAAAGCAUUUCUUCCAUGCAGCUUAAAACUAAAGCCCACAGAAAAAAUGCUCAAAGGAAAGACUAUUCCUCCAAGUUAUUAUGAUAAAAAUAUUAGUGUCACUAGUGUGGCAAAAUGUUAAGAUGCAUAGCAUUUUAUAUUCUGUGAUUUGAAACAUUUUGUCUAUUUGAAAGCAAUUUUGUAGCUUUUGCUGACUAGACCAUUUUGAUUGUGCUUGCUAUUAUUAUCUUUGCCGUGGGCUGACAUCAAAGCCUUAUAUAUAUUUUUUUAUAUAUGUAUAUUUUAAGUUAAGCAGAUUGCAGCAGCAGUAUACAUUUUAUGACAAUAACACAGACCAUUUACAUUUUAAAAUAAAUAAUUAAUAUAUAAUACA